AAGACAGUGUUACUGGAGACCCAGCGCAUCCCAGCAUACACACCGUACUGGAGACUGAGGGCAUCCCAGCAUUCACACUGACUACUACCGGAGACGCCAGCGCAUCCCAGAACCCCCCCCUCUGCCAGCACGAGCCCAAUAUCCAGGACCACCGGACUGAGCGCGAGGGGAAAACACUCUUUUUGAAAAAUCUUUUGGGUGUGUGAUUUUGUUUCUCGCCGGCUUGAAAACAGUGGAUAAGCUGCCAUGUCAAAGUACACUGAUUUAUUUAUAGGCGUGCGUGUCUUGUUGUGUGACAGCUCUGCCCUGAAAGCUUUUUACUAGACGCCUCUUGCAGCUCUUGACUGGCACACGACGCUCCUCUCAGCCGAUGCGUCACUUCACGCGCGCCGGGACAACCAAGCUGGCUCCGGUCUCUUCGCCUGAGCUGAUCUGCAGCUUCCUCAGUUGAAUUCUACAUUUUGGUUUCGCCUCGGAUCCAAUAACGGACUGAUUGUUUCAUGUUUGGCUGAGCAAAAGGACGCGGUCGCAUCCCCUUCCUGCUCCUUCCUUUCUUUUUUUUUUUGGACGCUGAUUCUUUUUACGCAUGCAGGGAGAAAUCUGUGGUGACACCUGAUCGACUGGCUUCUCCGCACACAUUGACCCGGGAGCUCCAGGCGAAUCAGGGAGAGGAGAAAAGCAGAUACUCGGUCAAUGCUCGGCCUUUGCUGUUGAUUUUGUUUGUGUGUGUGCGUGUUUGUGUGUGUGCGAGCGCGCUCUUCAUUUGUGGGGGUUUGUUGCCCAGCCAAAGCCAUGGUCCACUGCGCCGGCUGCGAGAGGCCUAUCCUGGACCGCUUUCUGCUCAACGUGCUGGACAGAGCCUGGCACGUCAAGUGCGUGCAGUGCUGCGAGUGCAAGUGUAAUCUGACAGAGAAAUGUUUUUCUCGAGAGGGGAGACUGUACUGCAAAAAUGAUUUCUUUAGGUAAGCUCGAGGAGGGUGAAAGACCAACUCCACAGCAGUGUUUUUUUGUUUGAGAAUGUCUGUUUUUUAUUUUUAUUUUUUAUUUUUUACAAGAAGCAGAAGUGAAGAAGCAGCAGCUUAAAAGGUGCCUUCAGAAAAUAACGGAGACUCAAAGUAGAAAAGGAGAAAGAAAGGGCGAACGUGGCGCGUGAGAAGUGUGGGAAUACUUACUUUUUUAGCUAAAAUUUACGUAAAAACGUUAAAAAUUCAGAUUUUUAGUGUAAAUUACAUUUUUGUGCAUUCUUUUUUGACAACCAUAUUUUCUGUCUUAACAAGAAAAGUCAUUUCUAAAAGCUCCUAUUCCAAAACAAAACCAGCAAAUAUGAUCAACACAGGUCUUCCUAAAUUUACCUUUUAAAGUACCUGAAAAUCAAGAAGCACAUCUGUUGACUGCAUGUGAGUGCAGGUGUUUAAAAUAAACGCAGAUGAUCCCUUUUCUCUAUUUUUCCUCUCAAUAUGUGGAUAAAUCGACCUGUCCGUGCCUGCAGGCGUGAACGAGCACUCGGAGGCGAUAAGCUUUGAUUAGGAGCGAGUAAUUAAAAGCUUGUUAAUUUGGAUUCUUAUGCAAAACAACAACAAAAGAGGGCCAGCGACAUUAAACGCGUGUGCACUCGCUCACAGCGGGGAGAGGGGAGCGAGGAGGGGAGGGGGUGUUGUUAGGAAAUCGAGGAAAUCACACUUGAGGUGUUUGUUUUAUUUUUACGGCGUGCAGCAGCAGCCGGUCACUGCUCAGGAUCAAACCCGGGCCAGGGGAGCCGCUGGCCCGGUGUGUUUGCUCAGUCCGGCUGAGGAGGACGUGAUAAGUGGAUUUGAAUAGUAAACUAGUUGAAAAGAUCAAGUCCGCAGACAAUGCAAUCACAGACGUGCAGUCAACAAGCAGUGCACAGCACUCAAUACACAUUGUUUAACGUGGAGUCAAUGGCAGGGCUGUAAUUUAUUAUUGCAAAGCAGACUGCUGAGGGAUGGCGUUAAUGGGACCUGGAUAUUAACUGGAUUUCACCUUUGAAACGCUCUUAUGUUUGGCUUUAAAACUGUACACACAAUCUGUGCAAGAAAACCCUAAACAGAUUAGUUGAUGAGGAACACAAACAAGUAAAUAAACAGAAUCAAUUCAAUGUGUGUGCACGUAAUUUUACGAUGUUUAUUUUAGAAAAUAACGAGAAGAAAACCAAGUUUUUAAAUGAAUUUUGAAAAAAGGUGUAGAGUAUAAAAACUGCACACGAGAUUUCCCAACAUGGUUUCAUCUAAAUUUUGCCAUAAGUAUUAUUUUGGUGUACUUAUUAUUAUUAUUAUUAUUAUUAUUAUUAUUAUUAUUAUUAUUAUUAUUAUUAUUAUUAUUAUAUGAAACAAGCCAUAAGGUAAAUUUUGAAAAUUAGCAAUAGAACAACGUUUUUUAAAAGGUCUCCAAAUCUAUUUCUAAUAUUGGGCUGUUUUUAUCUUCUGCCUAAUUUUUUUUUUUUUUUUAAUAUAUAUUAUUAUUUCUUUUGCUGAUUUUUAGCAUAUUUAUAUUUUAUUUUUUUAAAGAUGUUUUUUUUUUUUUUUCAACUUCCUAUACCCAAAUAUCCGUUUCAAAAUUUUAGGUCAGACUUUGUGCUUAUAUCACAUUUCAUUCAGGAGGAAACGACAAAAUGUGCUUCAAAAUUACAAAAUGAGUGUAAAAGCUUUAACAAUAAUUAGUUUAAAGAUACCGGAUGUAUGUGCAUUAUCAAAAAAUAUCAAAACAUAUAAAAACGCAGCCUUUCACACAGUUACGCAUUAUAUAGGCUUAAAAACGAACCUUAUGUGACUUUGUCUUUAUCUGAAAUUAUUUUUUACUGUCCCUGAAAUUAUCAGUUCACGAUAAAUUCAAUGAUCAACAUUUUAAAUCGUUUAUCUUUAUCCAGGUUGUGCAAAAUGAGACACCAGAUCCCACUAAAUAAUAACAGAAUGUAAUCAUUAUCGUGUAAAAUGUGCUUGUGAAUGUGUAUUUUAAAAAAGAUAGAAAUAUAAAAAUUCUGUGAAGCAUAUCUCUGAUAAUAAAAGUAAAAAUCUCUCUCUCCUAUUUCCUCCUGCAGGCGGUUCGGGACAAAGUGUGGUGGUUGUGCGCAGGGCAUCUCUCCGAACGACCUGGUCCGGAGGGCCCGGAGCAAAGUGUUUCACCUCAACUGCUUCACGUGCAUGAUGUGCAAUAAGCAGCUCUCCACCGGAGAGGAGCUCUACAUCAUCGACGAGAACAAAUUUGUUUGCAAAGACGAUUACCUAAACAACACCAAUGUGAAAGACACCAACCUCCUCUCAGGUACGCUCAGUGUUUGUGUAUGUAUGUGUGUGUAUUUGUAGCCUGUGUGUGCGUGUGUGUUAAUGUGAAAGUGUAAGAGUGAGGAGGAUAAAUUGUGAUGGAUACGGUGUGUGCAGCCCCGCAGAGGCUUCAUCAUCUCCAGGAGCAGGACUUAGACUGCUCUCAGAGACAUUCAAAACAAAGCGGAUUGUCUGAUCAUCGUGACGUUUCAGAUGUUUGUGGUUUAAUUUUUUAUGUCAAAGUUUUUACUCUUAUCUAAUCUCUCAUCUGAUAAAUAAAAUGUAAAGGUUUCAAUCUUUUCUGAGCCUGAAAUUUGUUCAUAAUUUGUUGAAUUAUCCGUCAUGAUGGCCAAAAUAUUAGUUUGUAUUUUCGCCUACAUGAAAUCACAGAAGAUGAAACAGCAUGAAGUGCAUUUAUUUGCUAAAUUUAAUCUUAUUAUUAUCAAAGAAAUAUAUUUUUGUUUCUAAAUAAUUCCACUUUAUAGAUGAGUAAAUAUUUUUCGAAGCAGAAUCGCACUAAAUAUCUGCUCAAAUGUGGUCUGCCUUCAUAAAUGUUUGGAGUUUGCAUCAUUGGAUCGGGGUCAGAGUUCAGCCCCUUUGACAGCUGAUUCUGUCCUCUUGCUCCAUAUUUCUGCAGCAGUCUGUCUCCAUAUUCCGCUGCUUGACUCUCAAUAAUCCCUCGCAUCUCUAUCCUGCAGUAACGGCAUGUAGCGACCCCAGCUUAUCGCCGGACUCCCAAGACCAGCUCCAGGAUGACGUGGUCCUAAAGGACACCGAGAUCGCCGCCCUGUCCGACAAAGAGACGGUAAAUAACGAGAACGACGACCAGAACCUCGGGGGGAAGCGGCGCGGCCCGCGGACCACCAUCAAGGCCAAGCAGCUGGAGACGCUGAAGGCGGCGUUUGCUGCGACCCCCAAACCCACCAGACACAUCAGGGAGCAGCUAGCCCAGGAGACCGGCCUCAACAUGAGGGUCAUCCAGGUAAAGCAGCGUCUGAAUGUUCAAGAUAUGGGGGUCUUAAAGAUCCAAACAAUGGAGCAUCAUUCUUAUUUCACCUUUAAUUCACGCAGUCAGACUGAAACACUCCUGCUGCUCCAGAUUUUUUCAGCAAACCAGAAGAAGAACAAAUCAAGGUUCCUGUAUCUGGUUUGUUUAACAUGAGGGUCCUGAGGUUUGAUCUGAUCUGGUCUAAAAUUUUAUGGAAAUGAUAUUCGGGGACACCCACAGGUUGGGGAGGUGGUCUCGCUUUCUGUUUUAUAGGGCGUUACGCACCCAUUAAAAGGUGUGAUGUAACAGCUUAUAUUUUAUGGAAAAAUGUCCCUGCCCGGCUGCCACACUGUCAUGACCGCGCAGGCCCUGCUCAUCCCAUCAGAGAGGCUCCACCUCCAUCCCCCCUCUCACCUCCCUCUGUCACAUCCUUCACCCCUCUUUAAGGGAGGCCUCUUCCCUUCAACCCGCGCGCUCACAUUGAAUUCAUUAAGCUAGAGAUUGGCCGACGCACGAGGUUGAUUUGGAAACGGGUAAUUUAUAUGGGUAUUUUUGAUUCUUGGCGCGCGUGUCGGGGCGAAGUCGCCAACUGGCGCCGGGCUGCUGGGAGCGCUGGGAGUCCUGGCACAGCGCUGCCAUCACGUUUUGCGACCACAUUUAGCCAUGCUGUGCGCAUUUUCAGCCAAGUGGAAAGAGCAAAAUCUGUUUGAGGGGUCUUCAGACUGUCUGCUCAGAAAUGAAUCACAACAGGGCCGCGUCCGCUUAAAUAAAGACCCUAUUAUUAUUAUUAUUAUUAUUAUUAUUAUCAUUAUUAUUAUUGUAGAUUUUGUAGAAGGAAUUACCUCAUUUUAAUGUUUUGUUCCGGAUUGGUUCCGAAUUACCUCUGAUAUAUUUUCAAAUUUCUGAGUUAUUACCCAAACUAUUUUAGGAAAACUAACCUUCUUCUAUCUAUAAAAGGUCGGCACAGAAACUACCAGAAAGCCGGGAGUUGUUUUACAUUUUUUAUCCACUAACCGGUUUCCAUAAAUGAGAUUUUUGCUCGUAAUGCGGAUGAGGCUGCGGGGCAGAUCAAAAGGUAAAAAAGGUUUAGCAUUGCAGAUUAAUGGCGAUAAAGUAAAAGUGUUGGAGCAGUGGUAUCUAAUAUGUAUGAGCACGAGGGAAAAGGGAAGAGCGUAAUUAAAGGAAGCCGGCCUAUAGAUUAGGAAAUGAUAACCUCCAAGAGCCCGGUAAUAUAUCGGUAACAACCCUCCUAUUAAGUAUUAAUUGGAGAUUUUAAGCCCCCGCUGCUGCAGCCUUCAGCCGGAGUAAAUGGAGGGUUAAAAGAUCAUUAGGGAGGUUAGAUGGGACUCUCGCUCCUGAAACGAUAAUUGGCCGCAGUCCUCUCCACACACUGGCGCACAGCCUUGCGGAUUUUACGCACCGGCUCAUCACGCACGCUGCAAAACACCCCUAGCACACAGAGCUCGGUUAUUUACUCAAAUCAGGUGCCAAUGUGUCCAGGUGCCAAGGUAAAUAUGACACCUAAUUACACGAGCUUUUGUACGGGACAGAAUUUACACAGCGAGUCUUUAUUUGCAUACCCAGAAAAUAAUCCUGAACCCACUUUUAAUGUUCGCAUUUUUUUAUAUUCAUUUAUUUCUCACACCAAAGCAGCCCUCCCCUCCAUCCCCUUCAUCUCUCCCUCUCCUAUCUCUCCCCGCAUUCAAUAUUGACGUGCAAUCAAAAUGGCGUCAGCAGCAGGUUUUGCGGAGUGACAUGAGGUGACCCGUAAAUAAAUAUAUAAGUACAUAUUUGUGUGUGUUUUCAGGUUUGGUUCCAGAACAGACGUUCCAAAGAGAGGCGCAUGAAGCAGCUGAGCGCGCUGGGCGCACGAAGGCACGCGUUCUUCCGGAGCCCGAGGCGGAUGAGGACGCUUGUGGACCGGCUGGAGCCCGGGGAGCUGAUCCCCAACGGGCCCUUCUCCUACUAUGGAGGUAUGAAAAUGUUUAUUGAAGGACUAAUUUUUUAAGACCUCAAAAGUUUUAAUCUUUUUAUGGAGAAUUCGUUUUUAAUCGUGUUUAAAUGAUUUUUCGACACUUUAUUCUCCACUGCUUUGAGCUGCAUUAUCCAGUUGACCCCAGUCUUUACUGUGGUCAUUUAUCUCGACCUUUAUGUGUUUUGUUUUUUUUUCCCAUGGCCUCUGAUAGGGUUUUAAGGAAUAUUCUACGCUCUGCUCUAUCUCAUCUAUAGGCCUCUUUAUCAGUGAAAUAAAAACGGAAGCAGGUUUUAUUUGUGUUUUUGAAGGCUGUGUAAAUUUUCCCUUCUACCUCAUUGAAAUCUAUGCAAAAAUAAGGAAUGCAGUCUUUAUGGCCACAUAUAUUGUUUUAGCUCACAAAAGUAAAAUCAUUAAAAACAAGAGUGCCAUGCAGUGAUUUUCUCCCCACACAGUGUCUGUAUUUGUGAUAAAGUCUCUUAUCUUGUCAGCAUAUUCUACAGUCCUGUUCCUUUCAGUUUGGGUCACUAUAGUCUGACUUUUAAAAACCACUGAGUUCAGUUUGAGUAAACUUGGUUUGGACAGCGGUGAUUCGAUUUGAAACUCUCUCUUCAGAUGUUUGAUCAUUUUCAGAGACUUUCCUUUAUUCUCAGGCUUUCUGUCCUUCCUGCUGAAGCGAAGAGCUCUUCUAAUAAUAUUCUGCUGAGUUAAAAAAACUCAGUCUCAGUAGGUAGAAUCACUGAUGAAAUGGGCCUCAUUUUAAUUAAUUUUGUGGCCACGUUGUUCUCCCCACCCAAUUGCAGUUUUGAUUUAAGUGUAACGUGCUCUGUGACUAAUGUAGUACGGCAAGGGUCUCUCCCCACUCUCAUACAAAUCAAGCGAUGUAUAUUCAAUGAAUUCCUCGACGUUUCUGAAAUUAUUCCUGCACCGCCAUUGUUCUCUCAGUGACGCUGAUUUUUAAUUUUUUUUCUUUUUUUACUUGGAUCUGCAGAUUAUCAAAGCGAAUACUACGGCCCGGGAGGAAACUAUGACUUCUUCCCUCAGGGGCCUCCGUCAUCGCAGGCCCAGACCCCGGUCGAUCUCCCCUUUGUGCCCUCCUCAGGCCCCACGGGCACCCCUCUAGGAGGCAUGGACCACCCCCUGCCGGGCCACCACCCCUCCAGUGAGGUGCAGCGCUUCUCCGAUAUCAUGUCCCACCACCCAGGGGACUCUCCCAGCCCGGAGCCUGGCAUCCCGGGGCCCCUGCACAGUAUCUCCUCAGAGGUGUUCGGCCCUAGUCCACCCUUUACCUCACUGUCUCUGAACGGCAGCGGAUACAACAACCACCUGUCUCACCCGCCCUCGGAAAUGAACGAGGGCACCGUGUGGUAGCUUUCAGAGGGAGCGGACUCUGCUGGAGUGAGAUCUGGUGACGAAGGGUGAGGUUUGGUGGUGUUGGGGAGGCUGGGGUCGAGGACAGGGGACACCGACAGGCGUCAUUAUUUUUUGGGGUGUUUUCAUAUUUAUUUAUUUAUUCUCUCAGUUGAUUUGUUGAUCUUUUCUGUGUGGAACGGCAAGCAAAUUAUGUUCACGACAUUGUCUUCAGUGAUGUGUUUGGGUGUUUGAACCGCUUCUUUUGCCCCCUUCCACCUCGGACUUAAACUAAGAAAAAGAACUGGGUGAGACUGCUGAACUGGCCCCCUUUCAUCCCCCUUUCUUCAGGCCCCUGGGGCACCCUGUCCCCCCUCCUGACUCCUGUCAGUGGCCCGGCAGAGCGACCAAACCCCCUAACACCCUCGGUGAGGUGAAAACAACCCUCAGAAAUCUCCGAUAGUAUGUCCCGAACAUGAAAACAUCAUUAGCUACAGUCAAAGACUCCAAUAGCUUUACAGAGAAAAGGAAGCGGUCGAGGGUUGGCCGUAUGCUGACCUGGCGCUGUAGGAAGGCUGAGCGGCGUUCAGACUGUGUUCAAGGCGCUCAACUCGUCCCUUGUAUUUAUUCAGAAGCUCCUCAGACCUCUUUGCCUCUCAAGGCUCUGCCAUAUUGACACUUAACCUUUUUGACACUAUAUUUCCCAAGGCCAGAGGAAAUGACAAUUUUUCCUCCUUCCUCCUGGACUUUUUCUUUUUCUUUCCUUUUUUCUUGAUUUCACCAAAUCUGAAGAAGGCCGCCUUCAAAAGGCAAACAGUCAAACCCUCUAUGGAUUGCAAACCCUUUAUUUAAAAAUGGAAAUGAACUUGAAAUGUUGAAAUGAAGUCUACCUUCUAAAAUCUUCUACUGCGGUUCUAAAUGGGACUUUGAACAGUCAACUGUUUACGUAAUCUAUUUAAUUCAGGAGUCCAGAAGUCUCGAAAACCAUGUUUUAGAACCUCUCGAUCCACAUAAAAAUGUUCCAAGCAACCAACCAAACUUUUGUAUUGAUUUCAUUUAUAUUGUAUGGAGGUAAAAAAAAAACACAUUUGCUGGGGUUGUGGUUCACUGUGCUAGUUUGUACAAGAUGUUGUUUACAAAAAAAGUUUUAAAAAAGAAUAAAAAACAUAAGUAAAGUAGACAUUUGCCAAAUUAAAAAAAGAAUAGCACAAAUCCUGUUAAAGUGCUUUGCACCAUCAUCUGCAGAACGUGUUGAGACAAAAUGUACGUGUAAUUGAGGAGUAAUUGACUUCUUAAUUUUCUAGUCUGCUGACGAUACAUUCAUAAAAUUGUUAAUAUAACAUACUUAGACAGGUUUUAUUUUUGUGUCUUUUAAGGAGAAAAAUCCAAACUAUUAAAAAUUGAUGGUCAAAUAUGCAGCGAGUAGCUGCUACAUCUCUUUGAAUAUGAAGCCCUCAUGGUAUGUCUUUUAUUGUUCCAAUAAACCGAAGCUUAUGUGACCUCCAGUGCAUAUUAGACCAUUCACUGUAUAAAUACAACAUGUUGACAAAAAUGUGAUUCUAAUAAAACUAGAAAAUAUA